ACUGUAUCCUGUCAGGAGCGGAAGUGUUGAUUUCAACCACUUUUCCACUGUUGUCAUUCCAAUACGGAGAGAAAAGGGAAGCAUCAACAGCCAGUAUCUUUCCCUUGCUUUGUAGUUCCGUUUCCAUCAUUCACUUGUCAUUUUCAUCUUAAUCUAAAUUCACAAAUCUUGUUCAGCCCUACUCUUGUUAUUUAGCUAGACCAGCUAACUCGCUAAACAUUCCUACCAACUUCCUUUUACAUAUUUUUGACUACAAUCCAAUUUCCUCUUCCGUUGCCGAUUCCACCUGUACUUGGUUACUGUAGCUAGUUGGCAGGAGCCUGCUUGCUGUAUUUUGCUGCUCCGUUGAGUCCGACGCAGGAAAGAAAAGGAUUAAGUUUCCACUGGCUGCGGAUUAUUUAUUGGCUCUCCUUGUUUUGUUUCGACUGGUUUAGCCUUCUAGUCGUGCUGUCGACCCUUCUGUUUCCCAUUAACCGCACUGCUUGCAACCAAGUCUCUUUCAGACAUGUCCUUCAGGAGGGGCGUGGUCAGACAGAGCAAGUUCAGGCACGUGUUCGCCCAGGCCUGGAAGGCGGAGCACUGUCUCGAUGAUGUCAGAGUCACCCGGGUGACUUGGGAGGGGCCCCUGUGCGCCCCAAACCCCAAGUUUAUAGCCGUCAUCGUGGAGGCUGGUGGAGGGGGUUCCUUCCUCGUCCUGCCGCUCAGCAAGAGCGGGCGUGUAGACCAGACCACUCCCUCGGUGUGCGGACAUGCAGCCCCCGUUCUGGACAUACAGUGGUGUCCCCAUGACGACAACGUGAUUGCCAGCGCGUCGGAGGACUGUGCCGUGAAGGUCUGGCAGAUCCCGGAUGAGGGACUCAGCAGCCCAAUGACAGAGGCAGCUGUGACGUUAGAGGAGCACAGUAAGAGGGUAGGAAUCCUGGCCUGGCACCCGACCGCUCUCAACAUCCUGCUGAGUGCAGGUUGUGAUAACCUGCUGUGCAUUUGGGACGUGGGCACGGGCGAGCUGGUGUACCGGCUGGACGAUGCCCACCCCGACCUGAUAUACGGCGUGAGCUGGAACCGGGAGGGCAGUGCCAUCUGUACCGUGUGCAAGGACAAGGCGCUACGCGUCAUCGACCCCCGAAGAGGAACCGUGUUAAAGGUGAGGGAGAAGGCUCACGAGGGCUCCAGGCCGAUGAGAGCGGUGUUUCUGUCCGACGGCAAAAUCCUCACCACUGGAUUCAGCCGCAUGCAGAGGCGAUGAUGGCAGGAUAGGCUGUGGGCGAUGGGGGGGGAGACGCAAGACCUCUCCGAGCCAAUGGCAGUUCAGGAAAUGGACACCAGCAAUGGGGUUCUCCUGCCGUUUUACGACCCCGACACCAACAUGGUCUACCUGUGUGGAAAGGGGGACUGCACGAUCCGGUACUUUGAGGUGACCGAGGAGCCCCCCUAUGUUCACUUCCUCAGCCUGCACAGCAGCAAGGAGCCCCAGAGGGGGGCCGGCUUUCUCAGCAAGAGGGGCGUGGACGUCAACAAGUGCGAGAUCGCCAGGUUCUACAAGCUACACGAGAGGAAGGUGGAGCCCAUCUCUAUGACAGUGCCUAGGAAGUCGGAUCUGUUCCAGGGGGAUCUGUACCCGGACACCGCUGGCCUGGAGCCUUCUCUCCUUGCGGAGGACUGGAUAGCCGGACGGGACGCCCCCCCUGUGCUGGUGUCCCUGAGCGGGGGUUACACGGCGCCCCCCUCCAAACAAAGAGACACCCUGAGGAACCGCCCGAAGCACCCGUCCCGGGGCUUCACCCCCAGCUCCCAGCGGAGGGGACCACCGCCACCCGCCACGCCACCCGGACGGAAUCGCCACGGCACCACCGGAGGGGGAGAGGGAGCGAGUGGGAGGGCAGGAGAGAGGAGAGGGAGGGAGAAGAGAGAGGAGGAGCAGCUGUGUGAGGUGCUCGCUGAGCUGAAGGCCCUGAGGACCCUGGUUCUGGCUCAGGGGCAGAGGAUAGAGCAUCUGGAGAGUCAGCUGGCACGCAUCGAGGACGGAGACGUGUGAUCCGUGGGCACUGGGCGGGCGCUGGAGGGCACUGGGCGGGCACUGGGCAGGCCUGACGGGCGUUAGGCCAGUCCAGUGUAGACUUACUUAUUCAUCCUCCGUAGACUAGUACAUUAACCCCACACUGGGAGAGAGAUUAUCCAGUGUCGGUCUGACUGAAUACUGCAAUACAUUACUGCACUGUGAGAGAAUUAAUUUGGAAUGGGUGGAUUGACUGACUCAGCGAUACACUAUAUUACUGCACUGAGAGAACGUAUGGGUUUCUGUAGAGCAGUGUAGGGUUCGGUGACGUACUGAACACAAAAGUGCAGAUUUACUGCUCUGAGAGAAAUAAGGAAGAGGUAAAUGAAGGAGUUUUUUUUUAUUCUAGUCCGCAUUCUAUGUUAUAACACAUUAAUCAAGUAGCGCUGCUAGCUAUGAACAUGUAACUAUUUGGCAGAGGAAUUUGUACUCAACUCAAUGCAAUACGUGUAUGCUCAUGACUUUAUAUUUUCUUUCAUGUCUGAUUUGGUUAUUUUUGAUUUCAGGAAACCACAAUGUAAUUUUUUUAAAUCACUUAUUAAAUGACCCAUGAAGACAUACUGUUCUUACUGAAGUAUUUUGUAAUUGCCAUUAGUUUGUCUAUCCGGUAUGUAUUACUAAUGUUAGUUUAUGCAGUCCUAGCAGUAGUCGGUGGGACCAAAUUGCUUUGUCUAUACCUAAAUAACGUUAAUUAUCGUCAUUCAGAGCUGAGCUUUUCCCCUACCAAUGUGAAAAGUGAAUGUCUUAUGUGUAGCUAGUAAGGUUGGCUAGCUUUGUUGGCUGUUAGUAUGUACGUCUGUCCAUAUUUUCUGUUUGUACCCUCCAUAUUAUGGUCUUAAACAUUCUCGAUAUUCCUUCAUAGAUUAAAGUGUUUGCUGAUUUUCUGCCCUACUUGUGGAGUAAUGAGAAGAACGGAUUACUGAGCGGUUUAUGGUACUCAGCUGAUUUACACUGUUCUCAGGACAUGGGUGACUUGUCUGGUCAACGAGAUCUUUAAUGUCUGACACUUUUUUUUGUUUGCCGCUCUUUUUAUUUGUAUUUGAUGGGAGUGUAUGAUAGCUUAACCUGUGCCACAUGGGAAACGGGAAGACUCCCGGCGUGAAACAACAGCUUUCCGUGGUCACCCUCUUGUCAAGGUACCCCAGCCUUAAAUGACAAUGCGAUUUGCAAUCACGGGUAUGUUGAACAUCAUACGCUUUUCAUUUUGUGGAUGCAUUAUAUGAACUGUAGAAGUCUGGAAACCAGUAGGAUGUCACCAUAUAACUUUAAUUAAAUAAAUAAUCUUUCCUCAAUAAA